AUGUCAAUGUUUGAGUGUAAUGCCCAAGUCUUCAUGUGGUUUUUACUUCUCUUUCUCCAUGUUGUCCUGCUAUCAGGAAUCCCACAGUGCAGCAUCAGGAGUGAUGAGGACACCGACUCCCUGGAACCUGGAACACAGCUGACUCUGACGGUGGACAUCACAGGCUACUACUGUUCUGUGGAGACUGGCUUUGAUCUCACUACUGGUGAUGUGACUGAAGAGUUGGGGAUGAGACACACCGUCAGUGUUGUAACAGACUUAACCGUUAACACAAACUUCAGUGUAGACAUCACACGAUUUGGUGAUGUAACGCUGGACUUCACAUGUGACAGAAGCUGGCCUCUGAAUUGCAAUGGUGUCCGGAAGCUACUGAAAAAUGACCACUUCGGAGACGUCACUGUGACGUUCUUGUGUGACAGCAUCAUCAGGCCCCUUGUCUGUGACGGAGUUGACAAGCUGAGUGUACGACAGACUGUUGAAGGCCGUCUGCAGUGUAGGAUAUAUCAGAUCGUUGGUGUGCAACAUUGGGUUUCAAUGAAAAUGGUUGACAGAAAGAUUAUAAGUCUGGUUCUGCUCAACCUGAUUGCGUCCUUCACAUGUGCUCAGACGGCCACCCAAUGCCCUGGUGGAAUGGCUCUUCUUGGAUCAGAAUACACAAUAGUCGCUGUCAGAAACUACACAGGCUUUGUAUGGGUAGACCCCAGUGAUAGAAAUGUCGUCAUCUGCCACCCCGUCUGCGUCUCAGCUGAACCUGGGUACAAUGCAACCUUGAACGACACACAUUCUACACUCAUUAUACACAGUGUCAGGAUGAAAGAUGUUGGUAACUGGUUCUUACGCGACGCAACCGUGGAUGCUGCCGUCCCAGUCGACCUGUGCCAGUUGACAGCAGCUGGUAUCCCACAGUGCAGCAUCAGCAGUGACGAGGACACCGACUCCCUGGAACCUGGAACACAGCUGACUCUGGCGGUGGACAUCACAGGCUACUACUGUUCUGUGGAGACUGGCUUUGAUCUCACUACUGGUGAUGUGACUGAAGAGUUGGGGACGAGACACAACGUCAGUGUUGUAACAGACAUAACCAUCACCACAAACUUCAGUGUAGACAUCACACGAUUAGGUGAUGUAAUGCUGGACUUCACAUGUGACAGAAGUUGGACUGUGACGUGUAAUGGUGUCCGUAAGCUACUGAAAACUCCACCACAUUGCAACAUCAGCAGCGACACAGACACCACCGCAUUGGAUCCUGGUACAAAUCUCACCCUGACACUCGACAUCAGGAACUACUACUGUUCCCAAACUGCUGGGUUCCAAUUGACGACUGGAAUCAUUACAGAAACACUCCUGGAGAACCACACAAUGGACAACAUAACUGACACUGUUCUAACCCAGUUCUUGAGUGUGACAGCUGACCACUUCGGAGACGUCACUGUCACGUUCAUGUGUGACAGCAUCACCAGGCCCCUUGUCUGUGACGGAGUUGACAAGCUGAGCGGAGUAACGUCAUCGACUACAGAAACAUCUGCAGUCACAAUAUCCAGUGCGACAUCAUUGACUACAGAAACAUCUACAACCACGGUACCCGAUGUAACAACCCCCGGCCUUGAGUCCCCCACUACGCCGCCCGAUGUAGUGUCCACCCCCAUCAGCCCCACUCCUGUUGAUGAAGAAAACCCACCAAUAGAUGCAACUCUGGGUCUUGCAAUUGGAUUGCCUGUGCUUGUCGUGUUACUUAUAAUCCUUGGCGUAAUCAUAUACCGCUACCGGCAACAAAUAGGAAACUACCUUGUCACCAGAAAGAAAGACACUGAGCUACAAAACUCAAAUUUUAAUAAAGUUGAAUGA